UAGAAUCCAGUAGCAUAACUUCCCUUUUGUUUUAGAAAAAAAAAUAAAAAAUACAUAACAUUUGCAUCUUACUUACUGUAAUAUGGCAGCUUGGUUCCACUCUCUAAAGGAUAUUGAUUUCCAUAAUCCAUUUGCAUUGAUGUGUCCAUUUUAACUUAUGAGCAGUACACAGCCACUGUCCAUUGUUUAUGAACAGUAAUGCCUUGUUGACCUGAAGUGUAACUCAUUCAGGAAGCAAAUGCUAACUUGUACCUUUGGAAAGGAAAAAGAAAUAGCAGUUCUAAAGUUUCAGCAAUGAAUAUCUAUGAAGAUAUUAUUUCUAUAACUGCUUUGCUUCUAUUCAUUGGCAGUGGAGCACAAAUCUCUGGAGAUCUUCAAUGUAGUCUGAACCCACUAUACUGCAAUCUGAAAGGAGAUAAAGACCACUUAAAUGUCAUGGGUGGGGAAAAAUAUUACUGCUGUGAAAAUGAAUCAGGGAACUUCAGUGAACUAAAGAACUUUACUGAAACUCUUUCAGGAAAAUGCAAUACAAUUUGCCAGAAGGAAAAAAACGCCACAGAAAUUAAUAUAUAUAAAUAUUUUGUUUAUGAGGAAGAUUCUUUUUACUGCUUUGGAGAUGCACAUAUUGAAGCAUCAAAUACAACUGUUGACGAGGGUGACAAUAUCAACCUGACCUGUUCAACUCAUAAAAAGGUCCCAGGAAUGAGCUGGUUUAAAGACAAUGGAACACUGGUCAACAGAACCCAAAGCAAUAAUCUGAACCUCACAAAUGUGAGUGCAACUGAUCCUGGGUCCUACUAUUGUACUGCUAUAAACUGUAGCAGUGCAUCGAAUAGGAUAGAGAUCAUCAUAAACUGUUCUACUUUCAAUGUUACUAUUAGUGCCACAUCAUUGGCUGUCAACGACAUGGAUAAUAUCACCCUGAUCUGUAUUACUGAUCAUGAAGUUCAGGAAGUUCUCUGGUUUAAAGAUGCCCUACUCUUCAACAGAACCCAAAGCACUAAUCUGACCAUUACAAAUGUGUUGAAAAACAGCACUGGAUCCUACUACUGUACUGCAAGAAGAAGCUGUGGAAACAGCACAUCUAAUACAAUAUUCAUUACAGUUACAGAUAAUUCUCUUUUGAUAAUUCUCAUAUGUGGCCUUGGUGCAGUGGUGUUUCUCAUUUUGUUUAUCAUUGUGAUGAAAUGCAUGAUUAAAAAUUCACAAGCCAAAAGAAAGCCAAGGACUAGAUCAAAUACCAACAGCACUGCCACUGUAACUUCAGAGUGCUGACACAAAUUCACCAAUCCCAGGGACCAGUCAGGCCUCAUCAAACAUCAGUUUGUCCUCGGACAGGGCAAUGAAAACAUCUGCCUUGAUCCACCACAUCUUAUUUCACUGGGACGACAGAGGCUGAAUUAGCUGGUGAACAACUAUGAGUGAUGCUGUGUUGAACAACCAGAUAUGAAUUACUAUAAUGAAACCGGAUCAGCAGGCUCUUUUUCUUUAACCCUUUAUUAACAAGAAAUUCAGGAUCAGACAGCAUAGAUCUUGCAACGACGGACGUAUAUAGUAAAAAAAUAUAUAGCACAUUAGGAAUCAUUUUAGUGAGGGGGACAUGGGAGCUCCAAUAAAUGGUACACUUAUAAUUUUGAAAAACAUUGUAAAAUGUACACAGUAAUGUAUCUGACUAGGGAACCAGUUUGUGAUAAAGGACAGGGGAAUUUAUUAUUUUAGAACUCUAAAUUAAGUUGCCGACACAAACUUAAAUAUUCGCCCUGUGUUAGAAUGGAGGGUAGUGUAUAUUACAUUCCUGUAAUACACAACAUGUUACAUACAUUGCUGUGUCUCUACAUAUUAGUAAGCUCCAGCGCCCUCUAGUGCACAGCAAUGUAUUGCCAAAUAAUUUUGAAAUACUGCAAGAAUUAAGUGUGGUAUUGCCAGCAAAACAAAAGCAAAUUUCAUCCAAAUGAGCAGAUCACUAGAAGGUGCUGGCUCAUAUGUCAUUUAAAAAUAAUAGAAAACACAUCCAAAAACCCCACUAAGUUGCAUAUACCUAUGGCAGACAACAAGAACUGAAGAGCAGCUAAUGAACCCAGGUGCAAGCCACUUUAACACAAACUUAUAAUAAUAAUAA